AUGUCGGAUAAAACUCACUCGUCGGUCGUCAAUACAACUGAGCGUCUUAAUAAGUUACGUGCUUUAUUCAGCGAUUAUGACAUAACAGCUUACAUAAUUCCUUCAGAAGAUUCACACCAGAGUGAAUAUGUUGCAGCCUGUGACGCUCGAAGGGCUUUCAUUUCUGGCUUCACGGGUUCUGCGGGAUUGGCUGUAGUGUCUAAUGAUGCAGCUGCACUUUUUACGGAUGGUAGAUAUUUUCUUCAAGCGAGUAAACAGUUGGAUAGUAACUGGAAAUUGAUGAAACAAGGUUUGCCGGAUGUUCCUACCUGGCAGGAAUAUUUGGUGCAAAAUCUUCAAAAAGGUUCGAAAAUAGGAAUUGAUCCCACGCUAAUUACUGCACCUGAUGCUAGAUCAUUAUCCGACUCUUUGGAAAAAGUUGGCUCAUGCUUGAUACCUAUUAGCCAAAAUCUAGUUGAUGUAGUGUGGGGAAAUGAAAGACCUGCGCGUCCAAAAAAUCCUGUCAUAGUAUUAGAAGAAUGUUAUUCUGGGCGUUCUCACACUGAAAAAAUUGCAAAUCUUCGUGGAGAAUUCAAGGAAAAUUUUUAUGGGUUUAUUGUGUCCGGUCUUGACGAGAUUGCAUGGCUCUUUAAUCUUCGUGGCUCUGAAGUUAAAUACAAUCCCGUUUUCUUCUCCUAUUCACUCGUCACCAAGGAUGAAGCUAUUCUUUAUAUUGACGAUCGUAAAUUAACCAAGGAGGUUACAGAUCAUCUGGGACCUGAUGUUAAAUACCGACCUUACGAUGCAAUAUUCGAAGAUUUGCAGAAACAUUCUGUCAAGUUGAAAAAUGAUAACCAGAAACUCCUUAUAAGCACACGAACAAGCUGGGCUAUAACUAGAGCGGCCGGUGAUAACAAUGUUGAAGAAACUCGUUCACCUGUCACCGACGCCAAAGCAAUCAAAAGUGAAGCCGAAUUGGAAGGCAUGAGACAAUGUCAUUUAAGAGAUGCUUGUGCAUUGAUCAAUUAUUUUGCUUGGUUGGAAGAACAAUUAGCAAAAAAGAAAGUUAUAACUGAAGUUGAUGGAUCUGAUCAACUAGAAAAAUUUAGAGCAGAACAGGCUGAUUUUAUGGGUCUUUCCUUCGAUACUAUUUCCGCAUCAGGCCCUAACGGGGCAAUUAUACAUUAUAAACCAGAACCAGAAUCCUGUGCAGUAAUUAAUCCAAAUCUUUUAUACUUGUGCGAUUCUGGUGGCCAAUAUAAAGAUGGAACCACUGAUGUGACACGUACUAUUCAUUUUGGGACACCAACCGAACAAGAAAAACGCGCCUUUACUCGUGUUCUUCAAGGACACAUUGCUAUCGAUAGAGCUAUCUUCCCUAAGGGAACUACGGGAUAUUUAUUAGAUGUGCUUGCAAGGACUUCUCUAUGGAGGGAUGGAUUAGAUUUUCGUCAUGGAACAGGCCAUGGUGUAGGAUGCUUUUUGAAUGUUCACGAGGGUCCACAUGGUAUUGGUACUCGGAUUGUAUUCAAUGACACACCGCUUCAAGCAGGCAUGACAGUCACUAAUGAACCAGGUUAUUAUGAAGAUGAAAAAUUCGGUAUUCGUAUUGAGACAGUCUUACUCGUCCGCGAAGUUGAGACACCAAAUAAUUUCGGUGAACGAGGCUAUCUUGGAUUUGAACAUAUAACACUUGUUCCUAUUCAAACAAGUCUCGUGGAUGCAUCCCUCCUGAGUCUGACCGAGUAUAAAUGGCUCAAUGAUUUUAAUGCCGAAUGUCUAAAAAAAGUAGGACCUUUAUUGAAACCAGGCAGUCCAGGACUUCGUUGGUUGGAGCGAGAAUCUGCUCCGCUAAAAUAA